CGUGGUAAUAAUACUCAAAUAAAUAAAGUAAAAAUAGUCAAUAAUAAAUCGCGAUAUUAACAACCCACUUACUACGGCUCAAUAAUAAUAAAUAACUAAAGAAGAGCACUAGUUUCUCAAGCUAUGGAGAGAUGACGACACUCCUAUCUCUAGUUAGUUAACUAGUUACCUGUUAGUUACUCCGUAGUUGCUCCGUAGAGCAGCAAGAUAGCUACGAUGAUGUAGUCAAGCCAACCUUGCUGGGCCCUGGCUCCCCUGCAAUCCUGAAGCAAUUAUUAUGGCCAUUAUUGCAGGGGAAGGGAUGACCGUAAACAAAUAAUGAGACCCUCACAGGAUGAAACCCCCUCGGGAGAGAAUAUCCAGGGUGGCUGGGAGGAGGCUGGAACAUCCGGCGAUGGUCGAAGUAGGGGAGGCUGGGAGGGAAAAAUCCUCCUUGCGCAGGUGCGGACCGAAUCGUCAAGAUCGCACAUCCUAACCGCCCUCUGGACCACUUUAAUCUUCCUGUUCGAUGUUCGGAGCCGAUCCACAUGCGCUGACAGUGGGUUAAUUGCAGGUCAAUGCCAAGCGGGAUCCGUUUCCUGGACGCCUCGACUGGCCUCGUUGCCAGGGAAACAGGCCUAUUGUUGAUCUGAGCCGUGGCAUAGAUCUCUAUUACCCCUCCCUAUUCCUCCUCCUCCUCUCUCCAGACCCUCUCUCGCCUUCCGAAGCCUCCCAUCG